AUGGCGGACAGGCCACCCAGACAGGCGGGAGGACUCUUGCCGCCUUCGAGUCCUGCCUGGAGAUAUGAUGCAGUGAAUGGCAAACCUCUCAAUCCAGAGCCCAGAGAACUGCCGGGAUUAAAUGUCAAUAUCUACUUCGGCAGACGAAACAAUCGUCCGCGCUGGUUGAUAACACCUGUGCCAUCAAUAGACAUUUCUGACGGCGGACCCCUUGGCGAGAAAGGCCCCCAGGAGAACAGUCCUGACUCCCAGAGCCCUAAAACAAACGAUACCGAUGAUCCGCGGAGGCCCGAGGUCCUUUGUUGGAAAUUCGAUCCUCCCCCCGAGCAGCAGAACGACCAGGAGCUGUACAGACAUGCCUAUUCCACCCUCCAAGAAGCACUCAAAGUACCUAGUUUCAAGGAAGAAGCGCGAGCCUAUAUCCGGCGACUGUACCCGAACGAAACAGCACAAAUAGAGGAUCCGCUCCCGAGGCUCCCCACGUUUCCCAACCCUCGGCCUCCCCUCAAGAGACAAUCACCAAUCCCCGGUACUGGCGGCCCUAAGUACAAUUGGUACGAUCGUCCAAUGCUGUUCUCCAAAGUUGGAUCGGCGGUUUCCGCUGGCAAUUCAGUCACUACCAUCCGAGACGAAGCAUCUGUUGCUCCCACUCCAGAGGAAGGAAUACCACUCUCCGCUGAUCUCAGAAUGGCCGCCAAUCAAAGUCCGUUGCCACCCAUACCUUUAGAAGGUGUUGACGAAGAUGUGGUUCUCAAGGGCGGCCUGCACCGGGAUCCAAAACUUGCUCUAAUCGACGACACAGGCCAAAUCAAAUUCAUGCACCCCCCUAAGGAGGAACCGUUUCAACCGGCGACCACCAAGGAGGUUCCGCGGCCCGUGACUGUGCAGGGCAUAGGGAAGUAUGAACAAGAGAGUGUCGGGGCACAAACCCACGCGAACGGCCAGAGCACCACGGACAAGGAAAACAACCCGCUCAAGCAAACCGCAAACCCAGGCGACAAAAGAGGCCGAGGGAUCGGCCGAGGGAUCGGCGAAGGAGGCGGCAAGGAAACGCACAGCAGAGUCCCCACACCCUCCUUCGCCGACCCUAGGCUUGACGAGAAGCGAAAACUGUCGUGGGAACGUGAUGGGUACAUCGAGGAGGAGGUUCAGGCCAAGGUCCGAUAUCUCCGGGAGAACCGCGAAUUGUAUUACCCCAACCGUAUCUUCCGCCGCAUGAGAAUGUGGUCUGGGUGCGAUCGAGAUCGAUCCACGAUUGGGAUCAACGGCCAGAUCGAUCAGCUGCCUCCAUUUCCCGGGAAGCUGAUGGUGGCCGACUCGGAGGCGUCGCCAUCCCACAAGAGAAAGCGUGGGAGGGCGCCUGCUACGACGAAGAAAUCUAGGGCCGCCGCCGCGAAGGAGAAGACGAGGGCUCCGAAGAGAGCGACUAAGAAGAAGGCUGCGAAGAGUACUACUCCUCCGGCCGAUGAUACCACCCAGCUGGGUAGUUCGCCGAAGACGGCUACACGACCUAGAAGGAGUAAGAGGAUCAGUGGUAGAAGCCAAAGUGGCACGAAACAGUCUGCUAGUCGGGGUCACUGA